ACCGGAGCCCGCUGCGCGCACUUUGUGCUUCAUCUGUCCGUCAUUCACGUCGCACGCUCGUUGUAUCGCCAGUGAUCCGUUCCGCUUCUGCGAUUUAAUCCGCCCCGAACGUGCUCCGCCGGAAGCAUCAGCCCGCGGCACUACCCCCGACCGCACGGAAGAAAAAGGGAAACAGGAAGCUCGCAGGCUCAGCCAAAUCGACAAAAUGCCACUCUCGGAGUUCCGCAAGAAGAAGCUCCUCUACAUUUUCAACACCUUCUUCGAUUGCAAUCAAAGCGGCGCGAUCGAUAAGAAGGAUUUAGACCUCGCCGUGCAACGAAUCAGCGAGUGUAGAGGCUGGACUGCUGACAAUCCCAAAGUUCAAAGCACAAAGGACAAUUUGCUCAAAAUGUGGGAUGGUUUGAGGCAAAGAGCCGAUGCGGAUCAAGAUGGCCAGGUCAGUCGAGAAGAGUGGUAUUCAUUGUGGGAAGAAUAUGCGAACGAUCCGUCGAAUCCAUCCGAAUGGCAGGAAACAUACAUGACUUUGAUGUUCCAGUUGUUUGACGCAUCUGGUGACAAAUCCAUCGACGAGAACGAGUUCUGCAACGUCUGCAGAUACCACGGGGUCACGGAAUCCGAGGCCAGGGAGGCGUUCAAAAAAUUAGGAGUCGGUCAGGAAAUAACAUGGGAGAAAUUCACCAACCUCUGGAAGCAAUAUUUCUCCUCGGACGAGCCGACCACACCCGGAAACUUUAUUUUCGGGAAAACUUCCUUCUAACUCGUUGUCCCCGCGGAACCGAGAGACGUAUAUUACCGUUUCCUUGCGUCGCAUUGUAUCGUCCAUGUCUCUGAUUUCUCGUGGUCAAUUCGCCCGCCUCGUAAAACGGCCCAGUCGGAUGUUCUUCUUGUUUGACAACGAAACAGAACGGGGGGGAAAUGGAAUAGAACUAGCAGACGGUUAAUUUGAGUCCCAUCAGAAGAAGCGGCCGCUACGGUUCAUUUGACGCGGCGCCAUUUCCGUUACUCUCGGCGUGUAAAUAAUCGUCCACGUGGACGAUCAAAUGGAUAACCAUCGUGGAUCCUGGGAUCCACGACGAGCGACCGGUGUUCGUUCGAGCAAAGUCGUUUCCCGCGAAAAUCGUUUCCUGCGCAAAAUUCCGUGCGCGCCGCACUUGGACAGCUGGCGGCUGACAAACCGUAUUCUUCGCUGUGUAAUGUUUGUAUCCACAAUUUAAAUGUAAGAGAACGAAACUGUAAUUGAACGUUGACCCAGUCUCUCUCCCACCAGUCACCGUUCGCUACCUUCGAUCGGAAAUUAUCCGGACGAUGAGUUCAAUUAGCGAAUCGCGUUUCCCUCCAGGUCUGCGGCCCGCCAGGCGGUAUUUUCAGGGAUUAAAGUAAACUUGUUCAGGGUGAAGAGCAUCAUACGCAACCGUAUAGAUUCAGAAUUGUUGUGUCGCGUCGAACGGCGGACGUGAAAAGAAUAUUAGAAAGGAAAGAGUGAUCAAUGUUGGACGGUACUGCGAAUGGUAACCUCGUGUAAUCAUCGGCACGGUGUCCGAUUCAAAGCUUCAGGCGAGUCGUCGGCUUAAUUAAUUCCGCGCGAGCCAUCACGGUCGGGGUGUUAUCAUAUUUUAAACGAGUUGUCGGUAUUGCCCUAAAUGUGUCUUGCGUAGACAUUCUAUAUGCUGUUAUACUGAGAAGUAAAAGGAACAUACGUAUAUAUAAAUAUAUAUACCUACAGGAGUAUAAAUAUAAAUAUAAAUACAAAUAUAAAUAAAGAUAUAAAUAAAAGUAUAAAUAUAAAUAUAAAAAAUAACAGAGUUUACAAGAAAUUACAAUUACAGAAGUUUAUAAAUCCUUAAUCGGUGUUGACUCGGAAAGCCAGUCGAAGGAUUAAGUGCCAGUUACGUAUUUGAAUUUUAAUCCGUUUAGCUGUCUGUUACUCGACUUUUCAAUGAGAUUCUUAGAGACGAUACGUAUUCGAAAUGCAACAGGGAAUGUGUCUUAAAUAAAAAAUAUGUGGUUGGACGACUUUACGGGCAAUGUACGUUUUGAUCAAGAGAAAAUGAAGGAGAUGAGGAGAGGAGGAGCUUCUUGGAUAGCACGCCAUGUUGAAUUCUAAAUUAUGUUUAAUUUACCGUUUAGUCGAUAUUCAAUUCUUGUUUAUGUUUUGCGUAAAAGAAAGCGUUUCCUGUCUUGUUGUCGAUGUUCUGUUUACUAUUUGUUUGCUCGGUGCGAUCAUUAAGAAUUUAAGAAAUAUGGCCGCCGCAUGUUUAAAUACGAAAGAGAGGAAGAUUUAUUUCUACCAUUCGGAACUUCAUUCUGCUUCGAGGUAUCGAACAAUAACGUCGUUGUCGCGAUUUAACAUAGUGUGUCAUGUAACUCUGAGUGUACAAUAAAAGGAAAUUGAAAGCAUUAA